AUGCUGCUCAGAGGAUUACGAGCCUGUGCUGAGCGUGCCUUGAAGCCGCGCACCACAAACUCGGAUCAAAUUUCGAAGACCACCAAGGGAUUGUUGGAAAGAAGAAGGGCUUUGAGGCUUGAUCCCAAUGCAUCGCAUAUUGAGCGGCGGAAGAAGAUUCUGGAAGCAGCACAAAGAAGAACGAGUCUGAAGAAGUGCUGCAGGUAUCUCCGCAAAUAUAAUAUUCCGCUAACAGCCUUGCUGAGCGAAGACGGGACUCGCACGCCUUCUCGUCGUGAGAUGGAAAUCACUACGGAGAGCAAUCAACAUCAAUUCAUCAAAAUGAGAGCAGCAUGGGCAGCAUUCGCAGCCGUCAGGAAAGCUACGGACCAACUGACGGACCAAGAUCUUCGUGCCCAUCUGUUCGACUCGACAGUUCUUCCAGCGCUCUGUUACGCAGCGGAGACGUGGGCAGACACCGCUGCCACGUCUAGGAAGCUACUUACUACCCACAGAGUCCUUGAGAGAUGUCUUCUGAAGUUUAACCAGCGCACACAACACCUAGCCGGUCUUCGCAGCUCCGAUUUAAGAGGAAUGUCCUGUCUUCACGAUCCAGCGGAAUAUGUAUCGAAAGCAAAACAUGGAUGGGCCGGUCGCAUCAUGAGAAGAAUCGACGAUAGAUGGACUAAAAGAACGCUAGAGUGGAUCCCAAGAGAUGCUAAACGCCCUCGAGGGAGACGGCCAACGAGAUGGGGUGACGUGACCUCGUCAACAUCACUCACGAAACUUGAGAACAUCUUGGACGACAAUGGCAAGGGAACGAAACGAGUGGAACGACGUGGGGCCCGCACGUCCAGUGAAGACGGGCCAUCUAAAACGACAAGACAAGCAACGUCGAACGACCUCGCACGGAAACAUCGCAGGAGUCGACGGACAAUCGGGCAACUGCCAUCGAAACCACCUUUAACGAAACCGUGGAUAACGAAACAGAUCCCGGAACAGCGGCCCCCGACGACGCAGCAGAAAACGGAACAUUUGAGCACCUCGCGGAGUUCGUCGCUGAGUGGGGAGGUGAUUCAGCAGAGGUCGUCGUCAUUAGCAUGUCGUGGCCUCUGUGAGAAGGUCCGUAACCUCACAACUCAAACAUUGAGAGCACGCCUGGUCUCACCGACAAGUCAGCACCAGACGUGGAAGCCGCUUCUUGACCAGAGAUCUAGGGCUAUUGUAAGAAUAGUAAGGCGGUUCUUCCAGGGCCUUAAGGAGAAUUUGGGAGUUGUCUGUCGCAGCACUGUUUUUGGGAAGGCUGAUAAAGUGGCAGCCACGGCAUGUGGAGUUUCACGAUCCCCGGCAAAUCGUUUGGACAAGGAGGAAUCCGCACAAAGGAAGAGACGAAGUGGGACGGUGACUGCGAAGUCAAGAAGGGAGAAACUGCUUGAAAAGUAUGAAGAAGAAUGGGAAGGAAUGCCCCGACGUCUCAUCCACAGCAAGCUGAAGGAGGAGAAGGAUGUGACCAGAGAUGAAGUGCUCGAGGAAAUGGGAGUGUUGUAUCCUGACUUUGUGAACCAGGGUCAGCGCUACAUCUUUGAGAAAGCUGACUUGGUGCGAAAGAGACAGCAGUAUCUCCAAGCCAUUGAUGACGCACGUGCAAGAGGAGAAUGUCUCGUAUACAUCGACGAGACAUGGAUAUUUAAAGGUAUGACGAAAAUGCGAGGAUGGAACGAUAACAAUAUCCCACGUUUCCCAUCAGUUGCAACGAUAAAGGAGUUUUCAUGCGGCAAAACAGCUGGAAAAGAGCGAGGGAAGCGUAGAAUUGUCAUUGGAGCAAUGGCGCAAAAUGGUAUCGUUCCUAACUGCAGCAGGGUCUUCAUUACUGGCUACCGCGAUGCUCACGAUGAUUAUCGUGAUAUGGAUUCUGUGGUGUUUGAGGAUUGGUUGCGGACAUCUGCGCCGCAUAUGCAAUCCUUUGCAAAUGGUCGUCAUGUUUCUCUAGUCAUGGACAACGCCCCUAUCACUCGCGAGUAA